CAACAAAGUCAUUGCUGUAACAGUGUGUGAAGAGAGCAGAAGAGGGGAAAUACAAUCUCAGAACUAAACUGCCAAAGCCUAACACCACCUAGCAACAGUUGAAAAACUUUUUAAACAAAAGUCUGGGUGUGAGACAGACAGAGCAUACCUCCUAUUUCUCCUGACUAGGAUUUCUGUGAGGAGAAACUACAUUCCUCUUCUGCUCUCUACCCUAUUUUCUGCAUUACUUCAGCUGCUGGUAGACCUAGAAGAGUGGAAAAAGCUUAUCUCUGUGGAUGCUUCUGCACUGGAUACUUUUCUAGGUCUUAAAUCUGCCUGGGUAGUGUGGAGCAAGUUGCUGUGAUCUACCAAGAACAAACUGACAUUGUAGAAUACAUUCCCAGGUUCCUACUGCUGUCAGGUGGGGAUGAGAUCCCGAAAUCAAGGUGGAGAAAGCUCUCCUAAUGGGCAUUUCUCCAGUUCUAAGCCCAUUGUCAGCAAUGCAGAGAAUGAAAACCUUCAGGAAGAUGCCAAGAAACAGAACAAAUCUCAUCAAAAGGAAGAGGAGGUCAUGGUCUCAGGGACUGUAAAACGACACUUAAAAUCACCAGCACCUGGUGAACGAAAGAACAAGAAAUCCAUAGAACUUUCUAAAGAGGACUUAGUCCGGCUCCUCAGUAUAAUGGAAGGAGAAUUGCAGGCUAGAGAAGAUGUCAUCCACAUGCUGAAGACAGAGAAAACCAAACCUGAAGUUUUAGAGGCCCACUAUGGAUCUGCAGCUCCAGAGAACGUGCUGCGAGUGUUGCAUAGGGAUGCCAUCCUUGCCCAAGAAAAAUCUGUAGGGGAAGAUGUCUAUGAGAAACCCAUUUCAGAGCUGGACAGACUGGAAGAAAAGCAGAAAGAGGACGUAUCGCGCAUGUUGGAACAGCUCCUCUUGGCCGAGAAGUGCCAUCGGCGCACAGUUUAUGAGCUGGAAAACGAGAAGCAUAAACAUACAGAUUACAUGAACAAAAGUGAUGACUUUACCAACCUCUUGGAGCAGGAGCGUGAAAGGUUAAAGAAGCUUCUUGAACAGGAAAAAAUCUAUCAAGCCCGUAAGGAGAAAGAACACACAAAGAGACUCAAUAAACUGAGAGACGAACUGGUCAAACUCAAGUCAUUUGCACUCAUGCUGGUGGAUGAGAGACAAAUGCAUAUUGAACAACUUGGUCAGCAAAGUCAGAAAAUACAAGAUCUUGCUCAGAAACUAAAGGAAGAAGAAGAAAAGCUUAAAGUUAUUAGUUCAAAAACAAAAGAAGAUGGACAAAAAUUGAUGAAGUUAGAAGCAGAACUUGAACACAAGACAUUAUCAUUUUCUCAAGAGCAUGAGGAGAUGACCACUAAACUGGGUAAUCAAGAGUCACAUAAUAGACAGCUGAGACUUAAGUUGGUUGGUUUGACUCGUAGAAUUGAGGAGCUAGAAGAAACUAACAAAAAUCUUCAAAAGGCUGAGGAAGAACUUCAGGAAUUAAGAAAUAAAAUAGCAAAAGGAGAAUGUGGAAACUCUAGCUUGAUGGCUGAAGUGGAAAACCUACGCAAGCGUGUACUUGAAAUGGAAGGCAAAGAUGAGGAGAUCACAAAAACUGAAUCCCAGUGUAGAGAGCUGAAAAAGAAACUGCAAGAGGAAGAACAUCAUAGCAAAGAGCUGAAACUUGAAGUGGAAAAAUUGCAGAAGAGAAUGUCAGAACUGGAGAAGCUGGAAGAGGCUUUUAGUAAAAGUAAGUCUGAAUGUACCCAGUUGCACUUAUAUCUGGAGAAAGAAAAGAAUUUAACCAAAGACUUAAUAAGUGAGUUGGACAUGGUGAAGACUCGAGUGAAAGAUCUUGAAUCUUCAGAAAGUAAGUUGGAAAAAGCUGAACUAAGCUUAAAGGAGGACCUUACCAAGCUGAAGUCAUUUACUGUCAUGCUGGUGGAUGAAAGAAAAAAUAUGAUGGAAAAAAUAAAGCAGGAAGAAAGAAAAAUUGAAGGUCUGAACAAAAAUGUUAAAGUGGAACAAGGUAAAGUUAUGGAUGUGACUGAGAAACUAAUAGAUGAAAGUAAGAAGCUUUUGAAACUGAAAACUGAAAUGGAGGAAAAAGUGUCCAGUUUAACAAAGGAAAGAGAUGAAUUAAUUGGGAAACUGAAAAGUGAAGAAGAAAAAUCCUCUGAACUGAGUUGUAGAGUUGAUUUGUUAAAGAAAAGAAUUGAAGGUAUAGAGGAAGUAGAAAGAGAAAUAGCAAGAGGUCGAGCCAGAAAAGGACCAGAACUUGCUUAUCAUGAGGACAACAAGAUUAAAGAACUAACCAUUGAAAUUGAAAGACUGAAAAAACGUCUCAAACAAUUGGAAGUGGUUGAAGGAGACUUGAUGAAGACAGAGGAUGAAUAUGAUCAGCUGGAGCAGAAAUUUAGGACUGAGCAGAACAAAGCUAACUUCCUUUCUCAACAACUGGAGGAAAUGAAGCUCCAGAUUGCCAAAAACAAAGCAAUAGAGAAGGGUGAAGUGGUGAGUCAGGAAGCAGAGUUGAGGCACAGGUUUCGGUUAGAAGAAGCUAAAAGCAGAGAUUUGAAAGCAGAAGUGCAAGCUCUUAAGGAAAAAAUUCAUGAGCUGAUGAACAAAGAAGACCAGCUUUCCCAGCUCCAAGUUGAUUAUUCCGUUCUUCAGCAAAGAUUUAUGGAAGAAGAAGAUAAAAACAAAAAUAUGGGUCAGGAAGUCCUGAACUUAACAAAAGAGUUAGAGCUUUCUAAGCGUUACAGUCGUGUCCUCAGACCCAGCAUGAAUGGUAGAAGAAUGGUAGAUGUUCCUGUGACAUCCACUGGGGUGCAGACUGAUGCAGUAAGCAGUGAAGCAGCAGAAGAAGAAACCCCAGCCGUGUUUAUAAGGAAAUCCUUCCAAGAGGAAAAUCACAUCAUGAGUAAUCUGCGACAGGUAGGAUCGAAAAAACCCAUAGAACGCUCAUCUGUGCUUGACAGGUAUCCCCCAGCAGCAAAUGAGCUUGCAAUGAGGAAAUCCUGGAUACCAUGGAUGAGAAAAAGAGAGAAUGUGUCCCAGGCAGCUCAUGAUAAAGGAGCCAGAACACAUGGUAGCCCUGGACAUCCUGGAGAGGUUGUCCUUUCCCCAAAGCAGGGGCAACCUCUUCAUAUUCGGGUGACUCCAGAUCAUGAGAAUAGUACAGCUACUCUGGAGAUAACUAGCCCAACAUCUGAGGAAUUCUUUUCAAGCACCACUGUCAUUCCAACCUUGGGAAAUCAGAAGCCACGGAUUACCAUCAUUCCCUCUCCAAAUGUGUCGCAAAAAGGAAAAGGUGGUGAAAGCUCAGUGGGCCCAGAGCGUGCUAUGUCACCUGUUACUAUAACUACAUUCUCCAGAGAAAAGUCCUCAGAUGGAGGAAGAGCUCCUUUCAUGGAAAGACCCACGUCCCCAAUUCAGAUUAUGACAGUAUCUACGUCUGCAGCACCAGCAGAAAUCUCUGUCUCUCCAGAAUUGCAGGAUAUGACUAUGGGAAGGGCUGUUUUCAAAGUAACACCAGAAAAACAAACUGUCCCAACCCCAAUCCGGAAGUACAAUGCCAAUGCAAACAUUAUAACAACAGAGGACAACAAAAUUCACAUUCACUUAGGUUCUCAGUUUAAACGCUCCCCUGGUGCUGCUUCUGAGGGAGCUAGUCCUGUGAUAACAGUCAGACCAAUGAAUGUUGCAGCAGAAAAGGAGGUUAUGACUGGUACCGUCCUUCGUUCCCCCAGGAACCAUUUCUCCUCCAGGCCUGGAGCAAGCAAAGUGACAAGUACCAUAACUAUAACUCCAGUUACAACAUCAUCCACACGAGGAACACAAUCAGUGACAGGACAGGAUGGGUCAUCACAGAGACCUACACCCACCCGUAUUCCUGUGUCAAAAGAAAGUGUCAUCAUUCAUCAGUUACGCAUGAACUCUAGAUGAGAUACCAUACCCAAUGUAUUCUAUAUGUGUGCACUUCCUCUCCACACCAGUUGGAUGGAUCACUGUUGAAGCCCUCUACCACUAUCACCAUGGUCUCCUGUGCUACUGAUCACUGACAGAAGUUUUUUACUGCUUCCAUUGGAUUAUUAUGAUUAUUUGUAGAGUUUUUAAAAAUAAUGGCCUUGUUGAUAUUUUGAAAAUAUGUAGAGAAAGAGAAAAGCAGUUAUGGUGCCCACUGAAUGUUACUCUUAUUUUGCAAAGCCUAAGGCACCUGCUUGAUUUGGUUUGGUGGUGUUUCCAUAUAAUUUAUUUUUAUAAAACACUUUAAUGUAACUUUCCCCAAACCUUCCAAUCGCUAAAUGGCAUGUUAAUUUGUAGAAUGUACUGUCAAAAUUCUUAGUGUUUGAUUGAUAUUUUUGUAUUAAAGACAGGAAAGAACGUUUAAAUUUUAAUCUGAACAGUGCUUUCUUUAUUUUUAACAGAAGUAUGCAACACAUUUUCCUGCCACCAUAUGAAUAUGAGACUAAAUGCUCAAAGGACUGCCAUAAAGGGUAUACUGGUAUACAAUUUUUCUUGCACUGUGCAGAGGUUCAGCAUAAAACUGAGUACUAACAAACCAAAGCCCUGAAGUACUACCUGAUUUUAAAGAUUAUUUUUAAACAUUGUAAACCAGUUUUCACUAAGCUGUGAUUAUUAUUAUUUUACAAUGUGUUUAUUUCUGCCUGUACUGAAAAAAGUCAAUUUUCUUCAUACUGUAACAAAUAAAUUUUCACAAGAAUAUAAAUGUAACGAAGUGUUUGGAUUAUGCCACAAAUGUCUAAGGCUAACAGUGUUGAAGUUAAUCUUGUUUGUUUUAUUUUAUAGUAAGUACUACUGAUAAAAAAGGAAUUGUAUGGUUUUUGUAGUUGCCAUCUUUAGGCUGGUAUUUCAUUACAGUAUCACAGUGCACACUAUAUGCAUUCAGAUAUUGUCAGUACUAUGAAGAAAGAUCUAUCAUCUGGCAAAUUUAAUGAUGCCACUGUUUCUAACUUUGAGUUUUCACUAUGCUAUCAAAUAUCACAUCUAUAUAAGUAUAAGGAAACUGUAUUGUAAAGAUGGCCAAAUGAUCAUAUAACAAGACCCCAUGUAUGCCACUGCAAGGUGCACUUAAAUUUUCCAGCAAUGGCCCUUCCAUGAUUGAUGCUGCAUUCUGAAGAAGCAUAAUGAGAAUUCUGUGGCAGCUACAUUUGAAUUAAAAAUGGAUUUUUAAAUGAAUUAUAUAUGAAAUUGAAUAGAACCUGUAUGGUAUCCCUCAUGCUAUUUAUUUUUUAUAAUAAAUUCAUUUUAUUUUAAAUUUUC